AUGGCAGAAAAAUUAGUCGAACUCAAACAACUCAGCAAAAGGUAUGACCAUAAAACGGUUUUAAAUAAUGUUUCCUUUUCGGUUCGGAAAGGAACUAUUCAUGGUUUCAUCGGUCCGAAUGGAGCCGGUAAAUCAACUACGCUUAAUAUCUCAGUGCGUUUAGUUUUGCCAAAUAGCGGCGAAGAAUAUAUUGAUUUUAAGUCGGUGAAAAAUGACCCUCGUUUUAAUGAACGACUGGGUUUUAUUCCGGCCGAACCUAAAUUCCCCAGUCUUACGGUAGAAAAUUAUUUACUGGAUGUGGGUUAUUUACGAGAUAUUCCUAAACAAGAAGCACUUCGGAAAUUGUCUGCUUCACCUCUUUCGCAAUUUCGUUAUCAAAAUUGUCAUUCCUUAUCCACCGAUCCUAGUUUCCGUCAAGAUUUAUUUAACAACUUAAAGAAUAUUCGCGAUAAAGGAGGCACCAUUUUAAUGUCCACUCACAUUCUUUCUGAUCUACAAAAAUUAGCGGAUGAUAUUACUAUGAUUAAAAAAGGAAGAAUUGUCUACACCGCCGCUCAAAAAACAUUCAAAGGUUUCCUUAAAAGCGAAGCCUCUAGUGAAGUAAGUGCUAAAAUUGAUAAAGACCUUAAUUUUAAAUCAUUUAGUAAAGUAUGCUUUGGAGAAGAAGGGAUGGAUCAAUUUAGAUUACAAACUCGUGAAAAAUUGGAAGAGUAUGAAAAGAAAUUAGAGGAAGGAGAUGAGGAAGCCAAAAAUCUUUCUUUCACAAAAAGAAUGAAAAUUCAAUUUCUAUAUUAUCUUGACAACGGAACCCUUUAUCUGCUGUCUACUCCUUAUAGUUCCGAUAAUAUUUUCUUUUUUCAACAAACUGAGUGUAAACAUACCGAAGGAAAGGAAGGAGAGGAAUCUAUCGUUUUAACUAUGACUCCGGGCGUGAAGAGAAGCGAG